AUGGUCCGAAAUAUCGUCGUCCUGGGCGGCAGCUCCCACCCCCAGUUGAACGCAACUAUCUGCAAGCAAUUAGGUAUCCCGCCAGUCAACGUCUUGUUGUCGAAGUUUUCUGUCGGCGAGACACGCGUGGAGAUCAACGAGUCGAUUCGAGGAAAGGAUGUCUACAUCAUACAGUCUGGCGGAGGAAAGGUGAACGACCACUUGAUGGAACUCUUCAUCACCAUCUCGGCAUGUAAGACAGCCUCCGCUAAGCGAGUCACCGCCGUCCUCCCGCUCUUCCCAUACUCUCGUCAAAGCGAUAUCCCAUACAACAAGGCCGGAGCUCCUCUUGUAAAAUCGGCCGCUGCUGCCAAACCUGAGGCCAGCAACGCUUACACUUUUGAGAGCACCCCGCCUACCCCGCCUGCUGGAAAUAUAGAAAGCCCCGGACUCCAGAAUGGUUUGGAUGGGCUGCACAAGGGACUCGCCCAGGUUCAGCUAAACGACCUCGAGAAUGCCAGCGCUCUGAACAAAGCGCGAUUGUCUCAUUACGUCAACGGGAUAAAACGUAGUGAUACCUUGGAUUCUUCAAGGUCUGAAAACGGCCACCAACGCAUUCCUACCAGCCACAGCGAUGAAACGGCGAGCAAUGCAUCGAAUACCUCGAAAAUGAAUGCAUUCCAGCCUCGCCCUGGUUACCGACAGUGGGUUGCCCAGGCCGGAACCCUGGUGGCUGACCUCCUUACAUGUGCUGGUGCAGACCACAUCAUCACCAUGGAUUUGCACGAUCCCCAGUACCAGGGAUUCUUUGACAUCCCCGUCGACAACCUUUACGGACGCCCAUUGCUCAAGAGAUAUAUUCAGCAGAACAUCCCUGGUUAUCACGACGCUGUGAUCGUCAGUCCCGAUGCCGGAGGAGCAAAGCGAGCCACUGCCAUCGCGGACUCCAUGGGCAUGGAAUUCGCUCUCAUUCACAAGGAGCGACGUCCCACCAAAAUAACAGAUCGUCAGAACGCCACCAUGAUGCUUGUUGGAGAUAUCAAGGACCGAACUGCAAUCCUUAUUGAUGAUCUUGCCGACACCUCCAAUACCAUAACUCGCGCCGCGAAGUUGUUGAAAAAGGAAGGCGCCUCAAAGGUAUACGCCUUGGUCACGCAUGGCAUAUUUAGCGGAGAUGCCAUUGAUAGAAUAAACGCGAGCGCUCUGGAUAAGGUUGUCGUCACAAACACAGUAGCCCAAGAACAUAACCUAAAACGAUGCCCCAAGUUGGAGAUUUUGGAAGUUGGCCAGGUUUUUGCUGAGGCAAUUCGCCGUGUCCACCAUGGUGAAAGUAUCAGUGUGCUCUUCCAGUAUGACUGA